AUGCCUUCCUUUUCAACACCAUUGAAACUUGGUCCUCUGCUUUUAAAAAAUCGUGUUAUUAUGUCAUCGUUAACACGCGAUAGAAAUCUUGUUCCGGGUCCACUUCAAGUAGAAUAUUAUACACAACGAGCUGGUGCAGGUCUUAUCCUUACUGAAGGCACAAUGAUCGAAGAAACUGGCUCUGAAUGGUCUAAUGCACCUGGCAUUUACACAGACGAACAAGUAAAGGGUUGGAGGAAAGUUCUUGAUAGUGUUCAUGCACGUCAAAGUUUUAUGUAUCUUCAAUUAUGGCAUAUUGGACGAGUAGCUCAUCCACUUCUUCAAAAGGGCCGGCCUAAUGUUGGACCAUCAGCGAUCGGAGCUAAUGGUGGUAAAUUUCGAGUACUACCUGGUGCACCUGGAUAUGUUGUACCAGAAGCUAUUAAAGAUCCUACAAGUUACAUUGGACUGUAUAGAAAAGCUGCUGAACGAGCUAAAGAAGCUGGAUUUGAUGGAGUUGAAUUGCAUAGUGCAAAUGGUUAUUUACCUCAUCAAUUUAUUGAUAACACAUCAAAUAAACGAACAGAUGAAUGGGGAGGAUCAGCAGAAAAUCGUUGUCGAUUUCCACUACGAGUUAUAGAUGAAAUGUGUAGUGUAUAUGGAAAUAAUCGUGUCGGUAUCAAACUUUCACCAGGUGGUGGUUAUAAUGAUAUGGGUAUGAGUGAGAAAGAUACAUCGGAAACAUUUGCAUAUCUUAUUCAAGAAUUAAGUGCUCGACGUAUUGCAUAUAUACAGUUGGCCCGUUAUUGGGAUCUUGGCGACCCACUAAAACGCGGAAAAGAGGUUGAUAUAUUUCAAUGGAAAAAGUUAAUUAAUUCUGAGCAUACGGCCCUAUUGGUUAAUACAAAUUAUAAUGCUGAAGAAGGUGAAAAAACAUUGCAAGCUGACUUAGCCGAUGCAAUUGUAUUCGGUCGAUUCUACAUUGCAAAUCCCGAUCUAGCUGAACGUUUGAUAAAAAAUCAAGAAUUGAAUACAAAGUUUAAUAUGAAAGGCUUUUAUGGAGGUGAAGCCGAAGGUUACACAGACUAUCCAACAUACGAACAACAAAAAAUGAAAGAACUCUUAUUUAAUAAAGUUCUUCAUUAA